AUGGUGAAGAUGAUGGCCUUCCCGGGCCUGCCGGGCCAGCAGCCGGUGCCGGAGACCCACGGCGUCCCCGAGAGCCGCCCCCAGGGGCGCUCCGGCUCGGAGGCGGAGUCCGAGGCCUCGGUGUCGGGGGCCUCCUCGGAGGACCUGGUGCCGCCCCCCGAGGCUGGGCUGGCCCCCGACGGGGAGGUGGACGAGGCUGCGAAGAAGAAGAAGAAGAAGUCCAAAGGACUGGCCACCAUGUUCAGCGUCUUCACCAAAGGGAAGAAGAAGAAGGAGGGGGACCAGCCGGGCCCCGCGGAGCCGGCGGAGGAGCGCGAGCCGGGGCGGGAGCCCGCCGGCCCGCCGCCCACAGUGGAGGAGCUGAAGGAGGCGCUGGAGAGCGGGCGUCUGGAGGCGGCGCGGCCGCUGCUGGCGCUGGAGCGGGAGCUGGAGGCGGCGGCGGCGGCGGGCGCGAGCGAGACGGAGCUGGUGCGGCGCCGGAGCAAGGUGGAGGCGCUGUACGCGCUGCUGCGCCCGCAGGUGCUGGGCGUGCUGCGGCGGCCGCUCGAGGCGGCGCCCGGGCGGCUGCGCCAGGCGCUGGCGGUGCUGGAGGAGCAGGAGCGCGAGGACCGGCGCGCGGCGGCGGCGGGGGCGCGCGCGGAGCCCGCGGGGCCCGGGGAGGAGGCGGCGCCCGGCGCGGCGGGGGCCCUGGCGCUGGCGCGCACGCGGCCGCGGCGCUGGCUGCAGCUGUGGCGCGGCGCGGUGGCCGAGGCGGCGGCCGAGCGCAUGGGCGCGCCCCCCGCCCCGCCCGCCGCGGGCCGCUCGGAGGCCGAGAGCGCCUUCGUGCACAUGGGCCGCACCAUGCGCGACGACCUGGCGGCCGUGGUGCAGCGCCUGAAGCCGCUCUUCCCCGCCGACUUCGACGUGGUGGCCACCUACGCGCGCAGCUACCACCGGCACUUCGCGGCCCACGCCGGCGCCCUGGCGCAGUUCGAGCUCUGCGAGCGCGACACCUACCUGCUGCUGCUCUGGGCGCAGAACCUGUACCCCAACGAAAUCCUCAACAGCCCCAAGCUGGCCGGGGAGCUGCAGGGGCUCAGUCUUGGGGGCCUCCUAACCCCUAAGCAGAUCAAAGUGCUGGAGAGCACUUUCCUGUCCAAUGAGGUGGCCAACGUGAAGGAGCUGAUGACCCGAGCCUUGAACCUGGAGUCCCAGCGCUGGGCCCAGGAUGUGGCUCCCCAGAGGCUGGAUGGCCACUGCCACAGUGAGCUGGCCAUAGACAUCAUGCAGAUCAUCUCCCAGGGUCAGACCAAGGCUGAGACCAUCACGCCCGCCCUGGGCACGCAGAUAACCCAGAUGCUGCUGGUGGAGCUGCUGGAGUUCCUGAGAAGCUACCAGUGCACCUUUGAUGAAUUUCUGGAGAGAGGCAGACAGCUGAGGAAUUACAGGGCCAAUGUCAUGGCCAACAUCAACAGCUGCCUGUCCUUCCGGAUGUCCGUGGAGCAGAAGUGGCAGAUACCACAGAACCCCCUGGACCACCUGCUGAACCCCCUCAAUGAGCUCAAGGCUCAUGGCUUUGACACCCUGCUCCAGAGCCUGUUUGUGGGCCUGAAGCCGCUGUUUAAGAGGUUCACGCAGACCCGCUGGGCCACACCCGCCGAGACGCUGGACGACAUCCUGGCCUUCGUGUGCCGGUGGCUGCCCGAGUUCUCGGAGCUGCACGACUGUUUCCGGGAGGAGCUCAUGGCGGCCGUGCACCUGAACCUGGUGAAGGAAUACAUCAUCCGCCUCAGCAAGCGCCACCUCGUCCUCAAGACGGCCGAGCAGCAGCAGCAGCUGGCCAGGCACAUCCGCGCCAACGCCGACGCCAUUCAGCACUUCUGCACGCAGAACGGCUCCCCGGCCACCUGGCUGCACCCCGCCCUCCCCUCGCUGGCUGAGAUCAUCCGCCUGCAAGACCCCAGUGCCAUCAAGAUCGAGGUGGCCACGUACUCCACCUGUUACCCGGACUUCAGCAAAGGCCACCUGAGCGCCAUCCUGGCCAUCAAGGGGAACCUGUCGAGCAGCGACGCCAAGAGCAUCCGCAACAUUCUAGACCUCAACACGGGGGGCCAGCAGCCCUCCGGGGCCCUGUUUUCACUUAUAAAGGUCGGUUAGCUCCUCCUGCCGUCUGACCGGCUGUGUGUCCGUCCCAGCGAGCGCCCGGCGCCCCCCGCCUGGGGGCCGGAGACCGCGCUGGCUCCGCGGCUGCUCCUAGGAACGCUGCCACCGCCGCCGCCGGCCAGGACGGACCAGAACCUCGGCAGCUGGCGUGGACAGACUCCAGGCCGCUGAGGGGGGCGGACGCGUCAGCGCUCAGGAGACGCAGGGAGACCCGCACCCCAGGCCCUGGUCCUGGGCCGGCCUUCUCCGGCCCGCGUCCUCAGGGUCUGAAGGUCCUCUCGGCUCCCUGGGGCCAGGCGGCCUCCACCCGGGCAGCCAGUCUAGAACUGCAGACCAGACGGGAAGGCAGUGGGGACGAUGAACCGACUCUUCAUCUGGGGCCUGGAAAGUGGCAUCGGGGCCCCUCGCGCGGGGGGCACUUCUGGAGUGUCCUUUGGUCCUGACAGGGCCGUCUGUCUGUCUAGGCUCCGGCUUAGACCCUCUGACCUCCGCAGGACUCCAGAGCGUGGACACAGAGGCCUCGGCUGCCCCCGCCGCGCCGGGCCGCCCCGGGCCACGCAGUGACAGGCCUGGAGCCCCGCGAUCGCGAUCUGAGGAGCGGGGGGCAGGCAGCCUCGGGGUGCACUCUCUGUGGCUGCUGUGACCGACUUCCUCGUGCUCCGACACGCCCACGGUUAAAGUGAAGGAGCCGCUCCCCGGCGCUGGCCUGCUUGUGGAGGCCACCCACGCCUCCCGCUUCCGCGCCCUCCGUCUGGGGCGGCUACUCCUCGUGUCCCCUGCCCCCCAGGGCCCCUGGCCCCUCCCACCCCAGGAAAGGAUGAAUCCGGUUUCCCCGCUGGGCCUCUACUACCCCACGGGGCGCCCGGCCCGGCCCAGGGCCGGCUCAGUGCGUUCAUCCCUCUUCCCAGGUACUGUUUGGGAACCCCGUGACCAGCGUGGGGGUGCACAGGCGUGUCUGUACAGUUGUACGACUUAGCUUAUUGGAUGCUAUUAAUAUUAUUUUUAUAGUACUGCUUUUGUACAUGUGUACUGUGUAUGUUCAGAAUCCAGGUUUUUAUAGGUUGACAUAAACCUGAUUUUAAGAGUG